AUGAAGAUCAAGUUGGAACUGAAGUCAGGCAAAUCUCCCGUGUUCGGGCCGAAACGCCCGGUCACUUACGCGAUGCAGCAAGCUGUGGAUGAUGAACUAGACCGACUGGAGCAGGAACAGAUCAUCACGCCAGUAGACUUCGCGGAGUGGGCCGCUCCAAUUGUGGUGGUCCGCAAGUCAAGCGGGUCAAUUCGGAUAUGUGGUGACUAUUCAACGGGGUUAAAUGACUCGUUACAGCCUCAUCAGUACCCACUCCCGUUACCACAGGAUAUCUUUGCUAGUCUGGCUAACUGCACCGUUUUCAGCCAGAUCGAUUUGACUGAUGCAUUCCUGCAAAUGGAAAUGGAUGAAGGCUCACGCGAGAUGCUUACGAUUAACACUCAUCGAGGUCUUUAUAGGUAUAAUCGUCUUCCACCUGGAGUGAAGGCGGCGCCAGGAGCAUUCCAGCAAGUGAUCGAUACGAUGCUCGCUGGCCUUGUUCGUACCAGUGGGUAUCUUGACGACGUAGUAGUUGGUGGUAUCGAUGCAGCAGACCAUAUGAGAAAUCUUCGUGCCGUGCUUGAUAGAAUCAAGGAAUAUGGAUUCACCAUUCGUCUCAGCAAGUGCUCCUUUGGCAAAGAGCAAAUUCGUUACCUAGGCCAUCUGCUCGAUCGCCAUGGGUUGAGGCCUGAUCCAGCGAAAGUUGAGACUAUCAAGCAGCUACCUGCACCUACGGAUGUCAGCGUAGUGCGUUCGUUUUUGGGCGCUGUAAAUUUCUACGGGAAGUUUGUGCCAAACAUCCGGUCUCUACGUUUUCCGCUAGAUGAGCUGCUUAAACAAGGAGUGAAAUUUCGAUGGACGGUGGAUUGUCAGCGAGCGUUCGACCGCUUUAAGGAGAUUCUCAGCUCGGACCUUUUGCUGACGCAUUACGAUCCAAGGCACGAGAUAGUGGUUUCUGCGGACGCUUAA